GCUGGGCCAGCCUCUCUCCCCGCCCCCGACAACACACCAAGCCGGUCUCCGGCCUCCCCUGCGGGCGGUGGAGCCGCGGCUGCGGAAGGAUGGCCACUGGGUCCGGGGUCUUCUCCCAGGAGCAGUUCUGGCCGACCUGCGCGGAGCUCCAGCAGCCUGCAGUUGCCGGGGGCGACUGGGAGCUGCUGUUGGAGACCUUGGGCCUCAGCGUGUACCGGCUACUGGACCAGCAGACUGGACUUUAUGAGUAUAAGGUCUUUGGCGUUCUGGAGGAUUGCCCACCGGCUGUACUGGCAGACGUCUAUAUGGACUUAGACUACAGAAAACAGUGGGACCAAUAUGUUAAAGAACUCUAUGAAAAGGAAUGCAAUGGACAGGCAGUGGUCUACUGGCAAGUGAAGUACCCUUUCCCCCUUUCCGACAGAGAUUAUGUCUAUGUGCGGCAGCGACAAGAGCUGGACUUUGAAGGGCAGAAGGUGCACGUCAUCCUGGCCCAGAGCACCUCUGUGCCUCAGUUUCCCGAGAAGUCGGGUGUGAUCCGGGUGAAGCAGUACAAGCAGAGGCUGGCAAUCCAGAGCGAUGGCAAGAGAGGGAGCAAAGUUUUCAUGUAUUACUUCGAUAACCCAGGUGGCCAAAUUCCGUCCUGGCUCGUUAACUGGGCUGCCAAGAAUGGAGUUCCUAACUUCUUAAAAGAUAUGGCAAAAGCUUGUCAGAACUAUCCCAAGAAAACCUAAGAGAUGGAAUUGGGAGCCUUGUGCCCGUGAAAUGAUGUCUCCAGAAGUGCCACAACUACUGACGCUCAGCCUGCCUGUCACUGUUCCAUCCUCAGAGGCCCGCACACCCUCCAGCACGUUGUCUCCAAGCGUGUUUGCCUGAUGCCUGGUUUCCAUUCCUAUUCUCCCCACCCCAGGAUGGGCUGUUAAAUUUGGGUCAGAUUAGGGAAAACUUUGCUUGUUUAUUCUUAAAAAGGGAAUUGCUCACUAGGGAACACAGUCAUUCCAUUGUGCCACUGUAGGGGGAUGGUGGGUGGAGGACUGACAACACCACCUAAGAUUGAAAGAUCUCAGCAUAUGGUCCAUUCUGUAUGUGAUUUCUUGCAACCCCAAAGGGGCUGCCAGAAGUUGCAUCUCCUUCAGAGUUGACUCUGCACCAAGACUGGAUGUCACAUGUGGAUGUCCAUUUGCCUUAUGCUUUGCUGACUUGAUCUGGCUGGAGGUGAUAAUCCACUAGGUCUCUCCCCAGUCCCACUUGUGGAGGAUCAUGAGCUGUUUUGAUUUCAGACCAUUUUGAAAAGCAUUGCAGGCCUGACCAAGCACAUAGUGUGAUAACAAUUUUUUCCCAUAAUCCACGUCUAAGUUUUUCUCUUUCCCACAUGCCACUGGGGAAGGGCUGUCCAUCCCUCCCUCGUCCUGCAUUUUACUGGAAACUGAGGCAUCAGGACAGUUAGCAGAAGCCAACCUGCUUUGCACACAGCAUUGAGAUAAAGUGUCUUUAUAUGCAAUAAAUGAAUUUCCUUCUAGAACAUUUGGAGCUGUUGAAGGGAUAAGAGUUCACAGCCAGGGAAAGAUUAAUUAGUGGUGCGAUGUCCCUACACCUUUUUCUCAGGAAUUCUAUCUAAGUUAUCUGCCUCUUCCACCACCAGAAGUCUCCUAGUUUCCUCCUUUUCUCCUGAAUUUUGGAGGAAAAAUUAUUCUGUGGCUAAAGGCACAGCCUUAUGAUCUCAGGGAAAAAUUUUACCCACUGUGUGUGAUGGUACUGAACCUUGAUUAAUAGGCACAGAAAUUCUGGAUGUAAAGCUGGAAGCAGGGGAUUUAUUAAAUGGGAUACCUCAAACUGUAUGUUUUCUCUCUGGAAAGGAAAGUGUAUUGAACACCAAGUAAAUACAGAGUGUCUUACUUUU